AUGGCAGACUCUGAAUAUGAAGACCGUUUAGGAAGUUUAUAGAAGAGCAUUGCAGAAAAAUAAACUGACAAAAGUGGAAUUUACUCAACUAAAUUUUCAAAGAUGUCUAGAUAUCAUGGAAACUCUUAUGAUUCAUAAAAUGAAAUAGUCAUUAGAGAUCAAUCUAAGCAGAAAUUAGAAUUCUGGGAGGCUGAUACAGUUUAAAAUGAUAGAUUUUCAGAUUUAAUGAGAAAAUCAGCUUAAUCAAAGCGAAACAUUAAUAACUCCAAAACUGAAGAAUCAAAGCAAUAAAUGAACUAAAUUACUAAAGACCUUCUAUAUAAUUACAACUUUAUCAGACGUAAAAAGGAGGAUCUCUAAAGAGAUAUACUAGAGAAAAAAUCUUUGUAAAAAUAGAAGCAAGUUCUUAAUAAAUCUAGCUAGUAAUGA